GCGGCACUAGAGAAUGUGGAUUGGGAAAUCGAUGAUGAAGAGAAUGACAUGUAGAACUGAUAAGUAUACCCCAGGAUCGGAAUUGCAUUCAAUGUAUUGGUAGUGCAUGUACCCUUUUUACCAUGAGAACGCUGGACAUGAGAGAGUAUGGGAAGGAGGGAGAUAAGAUUAGAUGAUGUUUUGAAGUGUUUUGGCGAUGCCACCUCACGAAAGUUGAGCGACGUGUCAGAUCUAGCAUCUACAAGUACUCUCUUCCUCCCGUUCCUUGGUUUGCCCCUCACUUUUCAUCAUGAGCGGGUUCCGGUUCUUGAACCUCGUCCGACCGUUCCUUCCCAUUCUUCCUGAAGUCUCCUCGCCCGACCGCAAGAUUCCCUUCAACCAAAAGGUGCUAUGGACGGCUGUUACCUUGUUGAUUUUCCUCGUUUGCUCUCAAGUACCGCUUUACGGUAUCAUGUCGUCUGACUCUGCCGAUCCACUCUACUGGAUGCGUGUUAUCCUUGCGUCGAAUCGUGGAACCCUUAUGGAACUCGGUAUUACCCCAAUCGUUACGUCGGGAAUGAUCAUGCAACUACUCGCCGGUGCCAACCUUAUUGACGUGGACUUUUCGUUGAAGGAGGAUCGUGCACUGUUCAGUGGUGCUCAGAAGUUGUUUGCUUUGAUCAUCUCUCUCGGUCAGGCCACCGUCUAUGUGCUUACCGGUUUGUACGGACAACCUAGCGACCUCGGAGCUGGUAUUUGCCUCCUUCUAAUCAUCCAGUUGGUUUCGGCUUCCCUUAUUGUUAUUCUCCUGGACGAGCUGCUUCAAAAGGGCUAUGGUUUGGGUUCGGGAAUUUCCCUAUUUAUUGCCACCAACAUCUGCGAAUCGAUCGUCUGGAAGGCGUUCUCCCCCACUACUAUUAACACAGGUCGUGGCCCUGAGUUCGAGGGUGCCGUUGUUUCUCUCUUCCAUCUCCUCUUCACCUGGAAUGACAAAGGUCGCGCGUUGCGUGAGGCAUUCUGGCGUGACCGUCUUCCCAACGUCAUGAACCUUAUCGCUACCAUCGUCGUUUUCGCUGUCGUCAUAUACCUCCAAGGAUUCCGUGUCGAAAUCCCCGUCAAGUCCAACAGGUUCCGUGGUCAGCGGGGUGCUUACCCUGUCAAGCUGUUCUACACUUCGAACAUGCCUAUCAUGUUGCAAUCCGCUUUGACAUCCAAUGUCUUCAUUGUCUCUCAAAUGCUCUUCUCGCGUUUCCCGAACAACAUCCUUGUCAAGCUUCUCGGUGUUUGGGAGCCUCUCGAGGAUUCUCCUCAAUUGGCCGCUAUCUCUGGUAUUGCUUACUAUAUGUCUCCUCCUCAUACCUUCAAGGAGGUUCUCCUCGACCCCAUUCAUGCCACCAUCUAUAUUGCCUUCAUGGUUUCUGCCUGCGCUAUCUUUUCGAAGACGUGGAUUGAGGUCUCUGGUAGCGGUCCUCGUGACAUUGCCAAACAACUUAAGGAUCAGCAGAUGGUUAUGGCCGGUCAUCGUGAGGGAUCCAUGUACAAGGAACUGAAACGGGUAGUGCCCACUGCCGCUGCACUAGGUGGCGCUAUCCUUGGUCUACUAUCCGUCGCUGCCGAUUUGAUGGGUGCUAUUGGAAGUGGAACUGGUAUCCUCAUGGCCGUCACUAUCAUCUACUCUUACUGGGAGAUUGGCAUGAGGGAAUCCGGUGGUCCCGAGUUGGCAGCGUUUGGCGAUUUGAUAUAACCUGCGCUACCAACUGUUACAGUAGUGGUACUUGGGGAAGCAAAAGCAUGCGUGUCAUGGUCCACAGACGGUGUUUGCUGGACAGUGACAACGACCUGAGGUUACUAGUACUCCUAGUGAUAGUACGUCCUGCCGACCACUCUUUGGCGGUCCUUGUAAUCAUCUUUCUAAUGCACUUCGGAUGCAAAUGGCGACGGAACAUCAUAGUGCUUACGCGCGUCAUCAGCCUAUUUCAUUGACAAUGUUUGGCGGCUGAACUCUUCAAGUUGGGCGCUACUGAUUGACAUGAAUUGUAUAUUGCUGCAAUGCUUCAUGUUGGGUGAAACACACGGAC